AUGGCUCCUACAUCGAGGGGAGUUGAAAUGAUAAGCAUCGUUACGGUGCUUGUUAGUCUCGCAUUUUUAGCAGUCAUUCUACGCAUAGUCGCCCGAUUCAAACGCAAAGUACAUUUCGGGGUGGACGACUACCUUUGCUUCGCAUGCAUGCUCCUGCUAAUUGGCAUGCUCAUCGAACUCUCACUUUGGGUCACCAUCGGCGGCAACGGCUCUCACCAAAGCAACCUGAGCAACGAAACAAUGAUGAACUUCUACAAGAUCUUCCUCGCCAACCAAUUCACCUACUUCUCCCUCUGUCCCCUCAUCAAAGUCUCAAUCGUCUGCUUCUACCGCCGCAUCUUCACCACCCGCACCUUCCAAUGGACAUCCUUCAGCAUCAACCUCCUCAUAAGCCUCUGGGGCCUGGGCGUCUUCCUCGCCUGCGCUCUCCAAUGCCGCCCCCUAAAAGCCUACUGGGACCAAAGCGUCGACGGCCACUGCCUAGACGGCUACACCCUAAUCGUUGUCAACCAAAUCUUCAACGUGGUCAUAGAUUUCGUCCUCCUAGCCCUCCCCAUCCCCUUGAUCUGGGGUCUCCACCGCUCCUGGCAAGACAAACUCGCCAUCAACGGCGUCUUCGCUCUCGGUGGUUUCGUCUGCUUCGCGAGUAUCUUCCGCGUUGUCGUCCUCUUCUGGAUCAAUGAGUCGGAUAUGACCUAUACCGUCUACCAAGCUACGCUUUGGACGCAUAUUGAGCCCUCCAUUGGGCUUAUUUGCUCUUGUCUGCCCACCAUCCGAGGCCUGUUUCCGAGAGGAAAGCUCUCAAGCAAUAACUACAAGUACCGGAAUGAGGUCCCCUAUUAUGGGAAUACCGAUGUCAGUACCUCCAACUUCGUGGCUACGGGUCGCAAGACUUCCACUGCGGAGUCUAUUAAGUUGGAGAAUGGUGUCCCGAGAAGGUCGAAUUCGAGUGAGGGCGGUCUGCCCUCCAGUGUUAAGAGUAAUGAUACUAGCUGGCUGGAUAUUACUGUUCGCACGGAAAUUGAUGUUAGGCAAGAUGAUCUGCCGCGACAUUCUUUCGCCUUGAUUUAUAAGCCAACUGAGCUUGACGCUCUUGUGGCGAGCAGCGCCGUUAUGAGUGAUCGUGUCAGGGUGUUUGACCUCCCUCUGAGCUUCGAAUUUUUUUGAAACGUGCCUGAAAUGGUACACACCCAUCCGCAUAGCGGUGUCGCGCACAGCUAUAUGGCACGUCGCUGUAUCCCUGCGCGUGCAUAUGCCACUACCUGCCACAGCAGAUGAGAUUUGACUCUUUGCAUACACAAAGAGGCAACUCGGAACUCCAUAGGUACACAGACUUGGAUGCCCCUUUGGCUUGAGACAUGGCCAGCCUUGAUCAUCAUUCGGGCAUCUCGAUACAUCGCUUCCGACACAGGUCACAGCUCCUGAUCUUCACCUACAUUUGACGCUCGGUAUAACAUACGCUCCUAACGACCAUCACCCACAUGUACCAUAUACCAUGUAUUCUGCGCAUCUUCUUAUCAUUACGCCUGUGAAACAAACAAGUCGCUAGCUAAUUUCUGAUUCAUGGUGUAUUAUUUCAUACCCUCAAUGCACUGUCGGCUGUCCAGCUGCAAAUUC